AUCGUUCGAACAAACAACAUCUAUACUAAUUUUAGUUAAAACUAUUUAUUUUAACUUAAUUUAGUUUAAGUUUUUAUUAGUGUUUGUGAUUUUGUGUGGACGCAGUUUUAAUUAAAGAUGUAUCACCAGCCCGUAAAUGAAGGCUUCGCCAUCAACACCAGCGCCCCUGGCGCCGAGACCAUGGAAAUAGCAGUCAGGGAAUUAAGGGAAACCCCUGAAGUCCGUCAAGCUGCAAUUGUAGAACUAAGACAACUUUUAUCAGAAGCUAAAGAUUUGUGCUACAGAGACGAUGAUGAAUUUCUUGUCAUUUUCUUGAGACCUUGCAAAUUUUACGCCAAGAGCGCCCUGGAACUGAUGCGUCGUAUUGCCCAAUUCCGAAAAGAUUACAACUCAAUUUUGGACAAUUUGAUGCCAGAAGACGAAAGAGUUGCCUUUUGUGACAACGAUGUUGUCAACGUUUUGACCAACAGGGAUCAACUUGGCAGAAGAGUGCUGAUUGUAAAUGCAGGAGCUAAAUGGGAUCCCAAAAAAGUAUCAUCUGACCAAAUGUUUCGCAUGUUUUAUCUAAUACACGAAGCAGCAAUGUUAGAACCAGAAACCCAAAUUAGAGGAGUUGUUUGUAUUAUGGACUUUGAAGGAUUGGGCAUGAAACAGGUAACUUCUAUGUCUCCUGCUUUCUCCAUGAGACUAUUAAGUUUCAUCCAGGACGCGAUGCCACUUAGGAUGAAGGAAGUGCACUUCGUAAAACAACCUUUGAUCUUCAACAUGGUGUGGAAAAUGUUCCAACCAUUCGUGAAGGAAAAGUUGAGGAAAAGGUUAUUCUUCCACGGCAGCAAAAUGGAAGAACUGCACAAGUACAUCUCACCAUCCCAUUUGCCGCAAAACUACAAAGGCCAAUUGCCGUCCAUAGAUUACGGCGGUAAGGACUGGUAUCCUGUUAUCACCAAGUACGAAGAUCAUAUCAGGAAGUGGAAUUCUUAUGGUUUCAGUAAGAAGUAAUUCAAAUAGAAAUAGGUAAUGGAUAUUGGAUAUAAAGUAAGUGACACGAUGUUUGUCUUGAAUUGGCUUCUGAACUGCUGAACCGAUUUUAACUAACUUUCAUUAACAUCAUAACAAAUUUUUGGAACUGACAUAUUUUACUGUAUUUUUUUAGUUCAAAUUUGUGAGUGUUAUUGCAGUUUCUGGACAGUAAAUUAAGAUUGUGUUCAAUCUGGUUUGGCCUCAUAAUUUGUUACCAGAAAUUCCUAGAUUAUUGCCAGAAAUCUCUGGUUUUGUCUAGACAAACAAAAUUGCUUUUUCUGUCUGUCAAAAUUAAUUGAAAUUUCCAAAAUUGUAUU